CUUCCGCUUCCAGAAGCGCCAAACAAGAAAAGAGGUUGAAAGAUGAUGGUGUAACAGAAUACUGUGCAGAAAUUCUAGUUACACUUAGCUGAAUAAAAGAUAAUUUAUACCUGGUUAAUAAGCGCUUGAGGAUGAGCAAGUGGGGAGACCGGGUGAAGAAGAUUGAGCAGCUCGCUCAGUCUUUCCAGCAGCAUCCUCUGACGACGCGCUACAAACCUCGCCUGUGGCCGUGUGAGCCCUCUUCUGUAUGGAAACUCUUCCCUCGUCAAAGUAUGGCAAUCAGCUUUGCUCAGAGCUGCAAAGAGGGUGUACAUGUUUUUGCUCUUGAAAAGGAAGAGGCGGCUCAGGGUCAGCGGAUCUAUCUGGUUACCAGUUAUAGCGAACUGUGGCAUUACUACAAAGCGUACCCUCACUCCUUGAUGCAUUGUUAUGAGGUGAUACCAGAGGGGGCUGUCUGCAAGCUUUACUUCGACUUGGAGUUCCACAAGCCUUCAAAUGAAGGGGUUGAUGGGAAAUCAAUGGUCACUUUGUUUAUCCAGUUUGUCUGUGAUGAGUUGAUGGACGUUUACGGGAUUGACUGUUCUGUGAAAAACGUCCUGAACCUGGACUCCAGCACAGAGGAGAAAUUCAGUCGGCAUCUUAUCUUCGUGCUACAAAAUGCUGUUUUCAAAGACAACAUACAUGUCGGCAGGUUCGUCCACGGCAUUCUUCAAACUAUUCAGAGCAAAGUCAAAAAAGCAAGUGGAAAAGGGAUGAACGUCCUCACAGAAGACGAGGAAACCUGGAAGCCUGCAAAGGCUGAUGGAAUAUCUGAGAGUCCACAUAUGAAAAGGCGUAAAAAGGAGGAGAAAGACCUCAGCUUCCUCCUGAUAAAAAACAAGGACGGCCACAACGGUCUCUUCGUUGACGUUGGUGUUUACACCAAGAAUAGGAAUUUCCGACUGUACAAGUCUUCCAAAGUGGGGAAGAAUGCUGCGUUCACUUUGGCAGAAGACAACACAUUUAUUGCCAAAGCAGAGAAGGGAAUUUCUCCUGAACAAGGUGUCUUUCUGGCAUCCUUGGUGUGUAACGUGAGUUUCACAGGUCAGAGAAUACUUACAUGGGACAUCCCAGAAACGAAUGAGCCUGAUACCUCGGCAUCUUCUUGUCAACAGGAUUCAGCUUCACCUCAAGGCAUGUUUUCUGGCUGUCUAUCGUCCCCCCACCAAGAAGUGGACAACUUUGUGUUCACUCUGGUCAGAAAGGACGGAAUUCAAGGAAACAUAAGAAGAUGGAACUACUUUGCUGCAGAGCAACUUCUUGUCUAUGACAUUGCCAAAUACCGCUGGUGUGAACACGUGGGACGGUUCCAUAAAAGCAACAACAUCAUGAUUGUUGUGGAUUUUAAAGAGGAAGUCUGGUACCAGAAGUGUCAUGAUCCGGAGUGCAGGAACUUCAGGUCUUCAAGUUAUCCACUCCCACAGGAGAUCUGCGUGAGCUACAUCCUGAAACUGGAUGAGGAGGAUCAGAAGUACUUAAUGGACGACGCCGGCAACUUUGAACCCAGUCAGGGGACAAACGGAGCAGCGCAGCGCACACUGGAGCCUCCUGGUGGGUGGGGAGAUGAACGAGAAGACCGGGACUAUUUGGAGGGUCUGGAUGACUUUGAGCAAAACAGCGGGGAGAUCUCGGACCAGCUUCUGCUCACGUGUGCGGCAGACUUGGAUUCGUAGUAGAAGAUGAGGUUUGUUAUUUUGCUGUGUGGCUUCAAAGAUACAGAUAAGACUGUAGGAGCAAUUUUAAAUAUAAUUAUCUUUUUCAUUCUAAAUGCGAAAGGCUCACUUCUGG